AUGCAGAGCUCGGACCUGGGGAGUCGGGAGGACGGGAAGAUUUGGCACCGCAAGCCCUCCCCGGCCAUGCAGCAGGGGUAAACCGUGCGGGGAAACGGGCUUUAGGGUGAUGUGGGGUUUUUUUGGGGGGGGGGACCCUGUCCUUGGGUGUCAUCAGUGGAGCUCCCAUGUCCAAGAGCAGGCUACCCUUUCGGUUCCAAUGCAGUCCCUACUGAAUUGGCCUUUCCUUCUUUUUUAAAAUAAUUUUUUAUUAAUUUUCAGCAUAUCAUUUUCCACAGUGAUAAAACAUAUACAGUGUUACAUACGCUUCAGGUUACAUACACUUCAGGUUACAGACUCCGCUAACCCAGAAAUAGUACCUCAGGUUAAGAACCUUGCUUCAGGAUGAGAACAGAAAUUGUUCUCUGGUGGUACGGCGGCAGCAGGAGGCUCCAUUAGCUAAAGUGGUGCUUCAGGUUAAGAACAGUUUCAGGUUAAGAACAGACCUCCAGAACGAAUUAAGUACUUAACCCGAGGUACCACUGUAUUGACAUCUUAUACACAUUUUUUUGAUUUGCAAAAAACGAAGAUCAUGGCCACUGGUCCCAUCACCUCCUGGCAAAUAGAAGGGGAAGAAAUGGAGGCAGUGAGAGAUUUUACUUUCUUGGGCUCCAUGAUCACUGCAGAUGGUGACAGCAGUCACGAAAUUGAAAGACGCUUGCUCCUUGGGAGAAAUGCAAACCUAGACAGCAUCUUAAAAAGCAGGGUAGGGGAAGGAGCUCUCACCACUUCAUAACACCAUGCUGUUGACACCUUCUUGUUUUCAGAGUCAUCGUAAAUAUUAUUCACAGUGCCACAGGCUAUCAUUCCAAGACCAUUCGCUUUUUGAAUGUGGCUUUUGACAGUUCCGGAGAUGCACUGCUUUCUGGAGAUCAUCAAGGGAAUAUCUAUGUUUUUGACUUGGUGGGCAACAGGCAAGUGCUGCUUCUUUGUCUCUUAUCUUUUGAUGUGCUCUGAUUAAAAAUAUAUAAACCGUGGGUCAGUAGAGGGAUACAUACACUAGCACAGUUUUAAGCAUGAAGUAGAGAGGUUAGCUCUUUCUAGAUUACCCCUCCUGGCCCCAGUAAGUUCCUACCCAGUUGUUUAUAUACUCAAAAAACUGGGCUGAUUUCUCCGUAACUCUAAAACAUAGUUUAGUAUUGCAAAAGCAAGCCUAAGGAAGCCUUAUCUCAAACACUGCCCACCCUGUUGCCAAGAACAGGCGCAAAUAGCAGUUUGGAAGCUUUUGCUUCUGGUUUUUGCUAACCAUGGUUUAUUGUGUUGUUUCAACCUCACAAACUUUGGUUGAUUUUAACAACUGUUAUUUUGGCUACUAUAUAGCCUGUGAUAUAAUCACAAAGGCUGUAUUUGAUUUAUGGCUGCAAUGAGUUUUCCUUGUCCUCUGAAGUAAUAAUUUUGAUUUGUACAAAUAGGUUCAAACUGGUGCAACGAACAAUGCAAGCUUGUACUGCUCUGGCGUUUAAUCUCCGCAGGAAAACAGAAUUCCUUGUGGCUUUGGCUGAUUAUUCCAUUAAAUGCUUCGAUACAGGUACUGAGCACGGUUAACAAAACCUGUGUUCCUUAUAUGUGACUGCUUCUCAAUGUCUAUUUCAUCUCAUGUGUGUGAUGAUAAAACUAGAGCUGCGGUUUUCAACUUCUUUUUCUCACCGAAAAUCCAAAACACUUGUAAAUUGUUGAGGAUCUUGGUGGACCACUUAAUGGCUUUUCUGCCUGUUGUAGCAGUUGUAAUGUGGUGAUCUAGAUGCUGUGUGAUUUUUAGUUGUUUUAUUUUAAAAACAACAAUCAUACAGCAGUUAAAAAGCAAUAUUAAUGUUUAAUGCAAGAGGUGUCCCAUCUCUUGUCUUCAGUCACAAAUCCUCUAAUACACCAUGGACUCCCAGAUUGACCCUCGUAGACCACUGGAGGUCCAUGGACUAGUUUAUAAACCUCAGAACUGGAGUAUUAUUAUCUUUGAUCAAACCAGGAGUACGGAACCCUUUUCAUCCUGAGGGCAGGAUCCAGAACUGACCCAGCCUCCACUGCUCUCCUUUUUAAAACAACAACACAUUUUUAUUAAUAAGCCGAAGAUAAAGAACAUAACAAAAUAUGUGCUAUGAUAGUAUUUCCACUGGUUGUUUUUGACACCGGGGGGGGGGGCACCCGCUUAUCAUCUGACAGGUGAUUUACCUUUCAGGCUGGAAGUGAAUCUGGGUGGAAACGCUGCCUUUGAACCAUCUCUGCCAGAGUCAACUCUCAUAUGGCUUCCCCUGUUUGCACCGGACACCGCUGAGACUUCCCCCAGAAGCUUGAAUUAGACUGUGUGCUAGAAGGUCCCACCACGGUCUUAUCUCUUUGCUCAUCUUUCCUUAGAUACCAAAGAACUUGUUAGUUGGAUGAGAGGACAUGAAUCUUCGGUGUCCUCCAUCUCCGUUCAUGGUUCCGGUAGAUAUGCCAUCACGUCGUCUACCGACACAGCCCAGCUUUGGGAUCUCGACACUUUUCAGAGGAAAAGAAAGCUGCAAGUCCGGCAGUCUGUGGGCAUUCAGAAGGUCAGUCCAAAGAAACAUUUCCUUUGCCCAGGUUGCCAACCUUUUUGACACUUUCAGAGAGGCUUAGACAGUACCACAUGGCCCGCUCCAGCCAUUGUUGCGAAGUAUUUGCUUUCCUCCUUUUGCAUUUCCUCCUUUUGCCAGAGCUUGAUUGUGCUGCACAAAUUCAAGCCUGACUUCCCCCAUUUCCCAGGUUCUCCUGGAGUCCUAGUGCUUGGGUACCUCAAAGCUCAUGUGGUCCUAUCCCAUUACAGAAGUGUAAGAGAUUAAACAGUUGAAAUCUGGAAGCGCAUAUUUUAGAAUCCUGUACCUUGGAGGUAUUUCCUGCUCAAUGCAUGGACUCUUUCCAAGUCUUCCUCCCUGUGAUUUCAGGUUUUCUUUCUUCCACUAAGUAACACCAUCCUCAGCUGCUUUAAAGAUAACUCUAUUUUUGCCUGGGAGUUUGAUACCCUUCACUGCAAGUUUCAGCUGCCUUCGCCCGUUGAAGGAUCUUCGUUGAGCUACAAAGUUUUUGCUGUUACAAGGUAAUUCACACUACAACCAUGCAGAAGUCCUAGGUAAUGCUGAGUUAUGGUUAGAUUAUCUGGCAUCCAUGUGUCUUGAGAGACAAUAGAUUGUGCCUUUGGUGGUGAAGUCAAACUGUUGGAAGGUUACAGUUCGUACUAUGACUGUAGAGACUGAUAUGGAGAGGGGGAGGCGGCCUAUAGGAAGGAAGUUGAGCAGUUGGGGGAGUGGUGCGGUAAAAACAACUUACUCCUUAACUUAAAGGCCUGAUGAAGAGAGCACAGUAGAGGUUAUAUUUUCUGAGAAUCAUCCAGAAAAAUAAUCUCUCAGAGGACCUGUUGAUGGCAUUUUACCAUUGUACUGUUGAGAGUGUAUUAAGUUAUGGUCUGUGUGUGUGGUUUGGGAGUUGAACAGUCAGGGAGAAAACAAUGCUGUCCAGGGUUGUAAAGACUGCGGAGAGAAUAAUUGGGUGCACUCUUCCCACCUUGGAUCAAAUCUACGCUUCCAGGUCUCAUAAGAAAGCUGCAGAGAUAGCGCAGGAUAGUGCGCUCCCCAGAAAUGAUCUCUUUCAGCUUCUGCCUUCUGGAAGAAGGUACAGGGUUAUAAAGACUAGGACUAGCCGUCUGAGAAACAGUUUUUAUCCAAAUGUGAUUUUUGUUUUAAGUGCAGUGUAAGGUAGUCUCUGUGAGAGUAUAUUGUAUUUAAUUAUAGGGUAUCAGAGUUUUUAGGGGGUUAACCAGGCUGGGAUAGCAGGCUUGUUGGUUUUUGAAUGAUGUAGAUUUUUUCAAUUUCGUUGUUCUGUAUGGGACAAUGACAAUAAAGAUUAUCGUAUCGUAUGGGAGAGAUCUGUUUUAUUCCAGCUGGGGCAGAUGAAGGCAUUUGGUUUUGCUGGUACAGGUGUACCAUGGGGAUUCUUCUCUCUGCACUCUUCCCAGCAGUCAUUCCACCUCUGGUCAGUGUCUCAUCCCUUUUGACUUAUUUUUCCUCUGCUGUUGGACAGAGGUGCUUGCCUCCAAUCAGCUGGCAGAGCCAGGUGCUUUUUACUGAGUCAGACUGUUGGUCCACUUGGCUUGGUAUCAGCUACCCAGACUAGCAGCGGUUAUCCAGACAGUCAGGUGGAAGACAUCCACACCUUCUGGAUGCAAAGCAGGUGUUCUACCACUGCGCUGUAACCCUUCCCCUCCAUUCACAUCAACUGUGUCUUGUUUUGGGGUGCAGAGACGGCCGUGUCCUUGCAGCGGGGGGCAAAUCAAACCACCUUCACUUGUGGUGCUUGGAGUCCAAGCAGCUGCUUCGGAUCAUCCAGAUGCCCACCAAAGUGCGAGCCGUUCGCCACCUCGAAUUCCUCCCAGACAGCUUUGACGGUGGUUCUAAUCAGGUGGGUGGCAGAGUUCGAAACAGAAUGGUGUUCACUAAGCUCCUGAUAGCUGGCACAUACCAUAUUUUUCCAUGUAUAAGACGCCCCCGUGUAUAAGACAAGCCCUAUUUUUUAAAACCCAUAAUUAAGAAAUUAAAUUGUUUAGCUUUUGGGGGGGGGGGGGGAGGUCACUUCCACCAAUCGCUUGCCCUAGCCACUGCCAAUCACACAGCUUGCCACAGCCACCAAUUGCCUGCCCACCCACUGCCACCAACAGCUCACCCGCCCACUUGCCCCAGCCACCAAUCACCUGCCCAAUCACCGCUGCCAAUCUCCUGCUUGCUGCUGCCAUUAAUUGCAUGACCCCACUUUGCAUUCGCUAUCUGUGUAUAAGACGACGCCCAAUUUUUGCAUAAUUUUUUUUUUAGCAAAAAAGCAUCAUCUUAUACAGUGGUACCUCGGGUUAUAGACGCUUCAGUUUACACGUUUUCGGGCUGCGCACCCAAGCGUCAAAGCCAGGGCACACUAUAUCAGCAGAGCGAACUGCGCCCACAGAAUAGGCGUGAGGCUUGUGGAAGCAUACUACAACUACAGAUUUAUUAAUCAUAAAUCAGCACAAAGAAACAUGUCGUCUCUCUCUUUGUCUUCUCAGAGAGACGGGGAAAAGCAAAGGCUAUACACACAACGGAAGUUCCCAGCAAACUGUGCUGGAAUGUAAACAGACAUGUGACAACAGUUCCAUGUCUGCAUAAUUUUUUUUAGAAAAACUGUUGCAUUAGAGUCUGCAUAUGUAAAUGAAAACCAUUUUCCUGCCUGCAGAAUAUUACUGCAUAAUCUUACACAUGCCUGCCCAGGUAGAAGUCCUACUUAGGAUCACAGCAUUGUUAUGUCUCUUUGCUUAAUAAAGCAAAUUAAGCUCUUUGUUCCACAUUAGCUCUCUUACACUCUCUUCUUUGCCCUCUAGGUUCUUGGAGUGCUGAGUCAAGAUAACAUCAUGAGAGUCAUCAACAUAAGGACAUGCAAGCUACUCUUUGAUGUCGGCAGCCACGAGGAGGGAAUCAGCCUUGUCGCCGUGAGCCCUAAUGGGAGGUACAUUGCAGCGGUCAUGGAGAACGGCAGCCUUAACAUAUAUAGCAUCCAGGCACUGACAAAAGAAGUAAACAAGGUACAUCAGAAGGAUCCUUUUGAAUCAGACCAAAGGCCCAUGCAGUCCAGCAUUCUGUUCUGACAGAUGCCUUUAGGAAGUCCCUGCCGACUGUUGCUUUGGGCCUGCAAUUGAAUGUGUUUUCCUCUGGUCUGAGUUGCUUCCAGUUCCAAUGCUCUGCUGUGGGAGAUCUAUGGCUUCAGUGUGGGAGGAGGGGGUUGCAGUGGAAAAUCAAUGGGCAAGGGACCCUUCCUCUCAACCAGUGAUUUUUUCUCCCCUGCAAGCAACACCUCAUGUGUGUUACUUUAGCAAAUAUACAUCUCAGAGUUCUGACUUCAAACCAGGUGAAGAGUUCUCCCUGGAGGAUAAUGGCUUUGAGUUGAUUUAUGAUUUAAGGUGGGUAGGAAACUACUUGAUUUAGUCUGCACAUUGAUAUACGCCAUUCUAAUGAAUCAAGGGGGAAAAUAGCUACCUUAAAAGCUUAAAAACGAUCAACCCAGAUUUGAGUCUUUGGAAAACUGCCUUAUCCACUAAUGCCUCUUGUGAGUUAUAGGGCAGAAUUUAGACAGGCUUCUAGAAUUAGAUAACCUCUACAUUUCUUACUCAGCAGCAUAUUGGUUUGUAUUUAGGUAGUGAUCAGGAUUAUUUAGAUUUUUAGCUGGGUUUUACAGAAUACAUUCUAUAUUCUGGCGUUGAAAGGUUUUUAAUGGAUCUCCUUCCUGAAUUUUCAGCCUCCCCCACCUCUGUUUAAAGUGAUUGAAGAGUCGUCCAAAAGCAAAUUUGACACUACCAAGCUGACAGUGAGAGUGACACCCGGCAUCUCAGAGAGACCCUGGCAAUCAAAAAGGGGAAAGAUCCAAACCAAAGUGUUAAAACCACAGCCAGAUGUGUCACAUGAGGAUAAAGAGGUAAGAACCUUUGACAGGGCAGGGCCAAGAUCUGAUUCCUGAAGUAGAAAAUCCACACACACUACCGUGAGUUUCUUAGGGUGGAAUUAAUAAAUAAAAUAAUAAGAAAUAGAAGGUUGCCACUACUGUGACUGACUGUAUGGAACAGCCUUCCCUACCAUUGAUGCCCUCUAGAUGUGCUGUUGUUUUCCUAAACUACGACUCACGUCUUCCCUGACUAUUGGCUAUGCUGGUUGGGGCCAAUGUGAGUUGGAGUCCAACAUCUGGAGGCCACCAGGGUGGAGGAGGCUAUUUCCUCCUCGGAAAUAGCGCACCCAGGGUUCGAAUUUCUGCUACGACCACUAAGGGACGCAGGUGGCACUGUGGGUUAAACCACAGAGCCUAGGACUUGCCAGUCAGAAGGUUGGCGGUUCGAAUCCCCGCAACGGGGUGGGCUCCCAUUGCUCAGUCCCUGCUCCUGCCAACCUAGCAGUUCGAAAGCACGUCAAAGUGCAAGUAGAUAAAUAGGUACCGCUCCGGCGGGAAGGUAAACGGCAUUUCCGUGCACUGCUCUGGUUUGCCAGAAGCGGCUUAGUCAUGCUGGCCACAUGACCCGGAAGCUGUACGCCGGCUCCCUCAGCCAAUAAAGCAAGAUGAGCGUCACAACCCCAGAGUUGGCCACAACUGGACCUAAUGGUCAGGGGUCCCUUUACCUUUACUUUACGACCACUAAAGCCAAGGCAGGAUCUCCUCCCCAAUAUGUUUCUGAGCUAAAAAAAAUUGGAAGAUACAUGUUUCAUUCCACAUUUUGUUCCUUCCCAGUUCCCAACACUUUCUCCCUUACAACUUGGCUGAGAUGAGUUCUGCCAGAGAGAUGCAAACAUCCCAGUCUGGGAAUACCCCUCUCGCCAAACAUCUGGUGAUUUUGCACGGUUGACUCAAAAGUUGUGCCUCUCAGGGUAGCCGCUCUAAGGCAGCACCCAGCUGGUUUUGAAAAUCAAUAGAUGGCAUUUCAAGGUGCAAAGGACAGAAAAGAAGGGCAGCUUGGUCAUAACGAGGACCUGCAGUAGAGACUGCAAGGUGCAGAAUUCAAAACGGAGGAAAGAGGUUAGAGAGGAGAGACAGGAAGGGCGGGAAAAGGCCAUCUCAGUGCAAUAAAUAAUUUGUGGCUCCUGUUCCAGAAUGAGCUGCCCGAUGGAUUGAACAAGAAGCGGCUGCGAACCUUGCUGAAAGGAUUUGGGGAGUAUCCUGCAAAAUACAGGUGCGUGGGGUGCAAACCUGAUGUCUUUCCUUCUACCAAAAGUGGAGCCACUACACCAGCCCCACAGCAGGGGGGUUGCUGCUGCUUACUGCAAGUGGGGAAGCCAGCGUGGUGCAUAUGCUCUGGUGGAGACACUCCUGCCGAUGCAUUUGCACCCUGCUGACCUCUCCACUGCCUCAUCCUUCGCAGUAAGCAACUGUGACUACACCUGUUGGGAAGCUAGCAUCAUGGCUCUGCUGCUUCUGCACAAACUGGCCUGUGUCUGCAAAUCUCCCUUGUCGUUACAGGAUGUUUGUUUGGCGGUCCUUACUUCAUCUCCCAGAAAACCACUUGGCCUUUAGCAGCCUGUUGGAUAAAGGGACCCAUUCGGCUUUUGUGCACCUUCAGAAUGAAUACCCUAUUAAAAGCAGGAAACUCUUGAGAGUCCUACAAAGGUAAAUAUGGACAUGUUUUCAGGUGGGAAGGAAGGGAAGAUGAGCCCCAGCUAGCUCAGCCACACUGACUAGGGCUGAUGGGAGUUAUACUCCAACCAUCCGAAGGGUGCAAGCUUGGUUAAGGCUGAUUUUAACUCUUCACUAAAUGAGAUUCUUCUCGGCCAACGUUUUUCUGAGCACUUGCUUCUUCUGUCCAUGCACAGGACCUUAUCUGCUCUAGCUCACUGGUCUGCCAUCUUUGGCGAGAUGCCCUACGUCCCUCUGUUGGCCUUCCCUUUUGUCAAACUCUUCCAGAACAAUCAGCUCAUCUGCUUUGAAGUGGUUGCCACUGUAAUAGGUAAGGCAGGAGCGCUCUUGAAUGAUGACACACUUCCUAUACUGUGGGCUGUCUUUGAAUAAUUAUAUGUUGGUUCCGUUAAGCCAGGGUUUCCCAGACUUGAGUCUCCAGCUGUUUUUUAGACUACAACUCCCAUCAUCCAUAACCAUCAGGUCUAGUGGUCAGCAAUGAUGGGUAUUGUAGUCCAAAAACAGACGGAGACACAAGUUUGGGAAACACUGCAAUUAAGCCAAGCUACGAUUGUCCAAGCACAAGCACUGCCUUCCAAGAGACCGCUUGCAAAUAGCAGAGAGCUGUGGAUUGCUGGCGCAGCUAUGGAGUCCAGCAUCCACUCGAUUUCCACAGUAAAGAAUGUGUGAGUCCAUUAAAGGGGGAAAUUGUUUACCAGCUAGCAAAAUGCCCCUUGUUGUGAUGGCUGGUAUGCUGAGGACUUCUGUGGGAUGUGCAGCAUACCUCUGUGUGCCCCGAACACAGGCACAUUCAACCCCCAAGAGGCCCUCUGUCAAUAAGGUUUGGGCUACCGAAUAUUAGGAAGGGGUGGGAGAGGUUUUGCGCUGCUCAGAAGUGUCCCCAAUCACAGCAUGUAGCUUUUCCCAAUAAGAUUGAAUGACGUCUAUUCACAUGCUAGCAGGAGCUGCAUCAAAAUGUCACAGCAUGUAAUGCUGUCAUUGAAAAAUGUCAAAUGGGAGGCACAUUUGGGAGAAAGAUUCAAUAUCACUGCCCCCUUGUUGCAUCCACCAACUUUUGAGUUAGUCAUUCGUGGGACCAAAACUGCAGAUGAAAUUGCAUUUGUGUGCUGCUGUUAGGGCAAUGAGCUGUUUCUGUUCCUUUUCUUUUUAGUUAAUUGGUGUCAGCACUGGUUCGAGUUUUUCCCCAACCCUCCAAUCAACAUCCUCGGCAUGGUGGAAAACAUAUUAGCACACCAUGACAAAGAGCUGCUUCAGCAUUUCAUGAGCUACAAUAUAACAUCACAGGUUAAAAAUAAAUACAUAUUCAACCUUCGCAUGGAACAAUAUUAGCAUGAGAUUGUUCAAUGUGUUGUGCUUAGGUGACCAUUAAUUGUCUUUGCCACCUGACACCAGGUUUACGCCUGGCCUCUUCUGGAAACCAUGUUCUCGGAGGUUCUGACAAGGGAGGAAUGGCUGAAAAUGUUCGAUAACAUCUUCUCCAACCACCCUUCCUACUUUCUGAUGGUGGUUGCUGCUUACAUCAUCUCUUCCAGAGCUCCUUUGCUUCACUGCAAUCAGAAGGAAGACUUUGAGGUGAGCAUCUUGCUGCUGGGUCUGCGUGUCUAUUCAUGGGGCCUAACUCUGUUCGCUUGGGAGCCUAGAUCUUACUGCACGACCCAGUCCACACUAGUAGAUAACUAAGCUCUAUAUCAGGGUGACUAACCUGUGACCCUCAAGAUGUUGUUGAACUAUAGUUACUAUAAUCUCUAGCCAAUGGCCAUGCUGGUUGGAGCUGAUUGGAGGCAUAGUGGAGCAACAUCUGGAGUAGGGAAUGUGGGAGGAAUCCAUCAAAUUGGUACUCAAAAGCAUACUCGCCUGACUCGAUCAGGGUGGAUCACAACCUGUAUCAGAUCGCGGAUCCACUUCACAAUCUGCAGUCUUGCCAGAGUCUUUACAAGGUAGGCUGAUGGCUGCAGCACUGCCUCUGUUCUGAUAAAAGGUAUUUCUCACAUUUUUCAAAAAUGAGGUCGCCCAGCCACUCCCAGACUGUAGAUAGGCAGAUAAACUGUUUUUAUAACCUCCUAAAAGGCAAGAAGGGACGCGGGUGGCGCUGUGGUCUAAACCACUGAGCCUAGGGCUUGCCGGUUGGAAGGUCAGCGGUUCGAAUCCCCACAACGGGGUGAGCUCCCGUUGCUCUGUCCCAGCUCCUGCCCACCUAGCAGUUCGAAAGCACGUCAGAGUACAAAUAGAUAAAUAGGUACCACUCCAGCGGGAAGAUAAACGGUGUUUCCGUGCACUGCUCUGGUUUCACCAGAAGCGGCUUAGUCAUGGUGGCCACAUGACCUGGAAAAACUGCGGACAAAUGUUGGCUCCCUCGGCCAGUAAAGCGAGAUGAGCGCCGCAACCCCAGAGUCGUUUGCGACUGGACUUAACUGGCUGGGGUCCUUUACCUCUUAAAAGGCAAGAAAUAGCUCUGCAGCCCUCAGACCAUUAUAUAAGCCCUAUUUGUUCUUUCUUCAUUGCCUUUAUGUUUCUGUGCAGAUUUCUUAAGGAUUUUCCUUUCAGAAUCUGCUCAGCAUUGGAGUGGAACAGGCUCGGUCCCCUCACCAGGCAGAACUGGGACAGACCAGAUCCUAAUUUGUCUACCCAUCCCUAAUCUGGAGAGACCCAGGUUAACCACCCUUGCUCUCAACCGGCAUUCUUCAGCCUUGGGUCCCCAGAUGUUGUAGGGCUAAAACUCCCAUCAUCCCCAGCCAGCUUAGUCCAGCGGUCAGGGAUAAUGGGAGUUGUAGUCUAACAAUAUCUGAGUACCGAGGGCUGAAGAUCACUGCUCUAGGUGAAAGUCAGUGCCCCUUGGCAUGAAGGGGGUCCCAACUGACAGCAAAUCCCGAGCAGAAGAGGUGUCACCUCUUACCCUGUUAUUCGCGUCAUUGACAGAAGGUGGUAGCCCUGGAGGAAGGAUUGAAAUCUGCUAAAUAAAUGUAAAUGAGAAGGACAGGACCCCACGUGGUGACUCUUUUGAGAGGGAGAGAUGUUGCAGUUUCCCCCCCUCUUCUGUUGAUUUGCACCCUCAUGCAUCUCUUAAAGGCAUGGGACAGGGCCUUUGUGAGGGAAAACAGGAAAUUUAUUGGGACAGUGUGACUUUUGCAGCUGCAAAACAAUGAACCAGGGAUGGAGUAAUGGAGAACUUCUGAAACAACAGUGGGACACAAACGCCACCCAAGGCAUGCUGGAGAACAGCAACAACUGACAAAAGAUAGAUAUAUUACAAGGACAGGAAGAAACACUACGGACAGAAUAAUUGUCACACACAGGAAAGAGAGAGUUUGAAUGCUUCAUCUGUAGGCGUAGAAAUCCUUUAAUGUGUCAAUACGAAUAGAAGUCGUUGAAACGGCAGUUGCGAUAUAAGGGAUUGGUAUUUUGACUGCAGCGUAAUUGAAAUUUGUAAGAUUUUGGAACACAGAAACAAAAUAAAUCAUCAAACCAUCAAUUCUAGCACGCACGGGGGGGGCAACAAAAUUGUAUAAUUUCUUAAUGCCUUUGGUGCAGGUUCUGUCAGGUUCAAGGCGGGGAGACCUUUGGCCCUCCAGAUGUUGUUGGACUCCACCUCCCAUCAGCCUCGUUGGCAGUUGGGGAUGAUGGGAGUUGUAGUUCAGCAGCGCCUGGAGGACUGAGGUCCAGUUGCCAUAAUCUCAGGAAAGUUGAGCCAGCUCUGAAUAGGAUCCUCCCCGUAUUUAUUUCUGUCCUAAACCAAAGGCCACCUUCGUUGCAGUAUUUCUUCCACCAUCGGAACAACCUCGACGUCGGCGCCGUGCUGAAAGAGGCCUACCACCUCAUGGAAUGCACCCCGGCCGACAUCCACCCGCGCCGCAUGCUGGAGGACUUUGUGCCACUGACCAAGGGCCAGUACCCCGUCUUUAACAAGUACCCCAAGUUCAUUGUGGAUUAUCAGGCUCAGGAGCGAGAGCGAAUCCGACAGGAUGAGAUUGAGUACCUGAGAGAGAGGUAUUGAACGGGUGGCAGCGGGGAAUUAGUUGGGCGGCCUGUUUCGCAGAUCCAAUGGAAAGAUGACUAGCAACUCAGGGGGGCGGGAUGGGAAACUGGACUGCCCUUCAAGAGGACCAUGUAGCCCAAUCUUGUAAAGCAGAUCUUGGACCAUCUUGGUUGGAGAUCAGUUGCAUUAGAAGAUCCUGCAGUCCUACAGUGGUACCUCCGGUUACGAACUUACUGUAUUUUUCCGUGUAUAAGACUAGGUUUUUUCCCUUUAAAAUGUGGAGGCGUCUUAUACACGGAGGCCAUCUCCCCCCAUUUUCUUAAACUGAAGUCCCCCAAAAUAGGGGGCGUCUUAUACGGGGGGGGGGGGUGCGUCUUAUAGAUGGAAAAAUACAGUAAUUCAUUCCGGAGCUCCAUUCUGAAGCCGAAACCGUUCUUAACAUGAGACGCGCUUUUGCUAAUGGCGCCUCCUGCCGCCAGCGUGCGACUUCCGCUCGCGUCCCGGGGCAAAGUUCGCAACUGGGAGCAUCUACUUCCGGGUUAGCGGAGCUCGUAACCCGAAGCGUUCACAAGGAGGACGGUACGUAACACGAGGUACCAAUGUAUUUAUCUGUGGCUCCGGACUAGAAGCAGUGGGUGGAAAUUGCAGGGAAAGCAGAUUUUGGCUAAACAUUUAGGUGGCGCUUCCUACUGGCAAGAACAGUUUGACCGUGGAACAGCCUGCCCUUUGGAAGUAGUGAGGUCUGCUUUGCAAAGGUCGGGUGGCUAUUUGACUGAAAGGGGAGGAGAUGCAGGCACCAUUGAUGAGUGACACUUGCAAAUCACUGUUCCUUAGCCCAUGUGGUUUGAUUUCUAACUAUGUGGGCAAUGACAUCCUUGUGUCAUUUUGACAGGCAGGUGCCCCUGUGAAAGGGAAGAACUGAACAUUUGAAGAGAAAAAUAUCUUGGGUUUUUGGACUUGCCCAUCUAUUGCCAGUACAGUUGUACCUCAGGCGUCGAACGCCUUGCAAGUCGAACAUUUUGGCUCCUGAACGCAGCCAACCCGGAAGUGAGUGUUCCGGUUUGCAAACGUUCUUUUGGAACCCAAACGUCUGGCUCGGAUUCUGAUUGGUGCAGGAGCUUCCUGCAGCCAUCUGGAAGCCGCGCCUUGGUUUCCAAACAUUUUGGAAGUCAGGUGGACUUCUGGAAUGGAUUCCGUUCGAUUUCCAAGGUGCAACUGUAGAUAAAUGUAUAGCCUUUGGAACAAUGGGGUUGUUUUUUAAUGUACAACAAACUUUUUUUCCCUUUUCAGCCUGCAUUGCUUUAUAAUCUAGGCCAGUCUAUAGUGAUCUAUACUGCCUACGUAUAGUAUUUGAGAUUAAAAACUAUUUUGUACUUGGAACUGAAAGCAUGAUGGACUUGCUUGAACUCUUGCUUCAUUAAACUGUCAAGUUUGAAAUUAAUAAUAAUAAUAAUAAUAAUAAUAAUAAUAAUAAUAGUUUUGUUUUAUUUUUUGGAUCCUGUCCACUUCACUGUGUUACCCCACGCAUUGUGGGCGGCUUCCAACAAAUGUAACAUCAAAAUGAAACAUCAAGCAUUUGAAAACUUCCCUGUGAUUGUUCUCUGCAGACAAUUGGUCCAGGAGAUAGAAGCCAAAGCAGCUGAGCGCAGAGUGGAAGAUGAAACUUGGUAUCGGAAGCAAGAACUGCUUCAGGAGGCUGAGGAGCAAAGGAGGAAGAUUCUGCUUAAGGAAGAGGAGAAACUAGCAGAGCAAAGGCGGAGGUAUUUUCCAUUUUAGCAUCCCUGGUACUGACCACAGGAAUAUUACUGGAAGAACUGCUCUUCCGCAGAUGGACUUGUUUUGCAAAAAAAGUAAUGUUUCAUCUUGCAAAAUAUCAUUUCCCUGUUUAGAUUACAUCUGUAAAAAGCUCUACAUUAUUGGGUCACAGAGCAGGAUGGAUUUGAUUUAAAUCAAAUCAAUUUAAAUCACAAGUCAGUAAGACUUGGUUUAAAUCAUUUUUUUAACAGACAGACUCACUCUUGCUGGUAUAAUAAUAUUUACAACCAGAUGAAGGUUUCAUUUUUGGAAUAAUAAAUUUUCAGAGUAGUUUUUACAGUUACAUCAAAAAUUACUGAUUUGGCUACACUGUUAGAAAUACACAGAUAAUUAUGAAAUUAUUGUGAGGUUUAAUAAGUUAACUUUAUAUUUGGACAACUUUUCUGCCAUAAUUUAUUGGAAGGAUGAAAAUAAUCCUUUCCUUAAUAACAAUUUAAACAAUUUUUGUAACUAAAACAAUAACAUUAUAGCAUAUGUAUCCAUGUUUGUUAACUGAUGUGGUUAAACAAUUAAAAAAAACAAAAAACCUUAGAGUUUUAGCACACAUGAAAAACUUAAAACAAAUCCUUAUUUACUGAUGCAUAGUCUUUGGACUACAGUGGUACCUUGGUUCUUGAACAGCCUAGUUCACAGACAACUUAGAACCCGAAAGUCGCAAACUCGGAAGUGAGCAUUCUGGUUCUCGAUAUAUUUUUUUGGAAGUCGGACGUGUCCUGAGCUUCUGGUUUUAAUGUUUCACUUCCGUUUUAGAGAGAUCGCACUGAUUGGGCUGGUGAGGAGAAGUGUCCUGGCAGCGCUCUGAAGCCCAGCUGCUUUGACGAGAGAGAGAUUGAAAGAUCGUGCUGACUGGGGCAUUGGGGAAAAGUGUCCCGGCAGCAUUCUGCAGCUCAGCUGCUUUGACAAGGGGGCUGGCUGGCUUGGGGGGCAAAGAGAACUUUUGCCUCCCUUUCCUCCCCACCCCACUGAAACUCUCCUCUCCUGCAUCCAGUAAGCCACCUCCUUCCCCACACACACCCAUGCGUGCACUUCGUCCCUCCAGUUUGAGUGUUUCCACACACACACACACACCCCUUAAACUCCCCCUUCCCUUCUCAUCCCUCCAAUGGCAAUGGGUAGAUCACUACCAGUUUUUGAUACUGGGUAGUAGAUUGCAGCCUGGUUUAUUGCUUUCAUUUUCUGGAUCAGUGGUCUCAUUAGAUAGUAAAAUUCAUGUUGAAUUGCUGUUUUAGGGGUUGUUUUUAAUUGUCUGGAACGGAUUAAACCAUUUUGCCUUGCUUUCUAUGGCAAAGCGCGCCUUGGUUUAAGAACGCUUUGUUUUUGUUGUUUUUUAAAUCAUUUUUAUUGAUUUUCCAAUAAAAAACAUCCAAUUAAAAUAUAAAACUAAAAUAAAAAAGACCAAAUUAUAGUCCAAAUUAUAUUGAUUAAAUUUUCGGAGCUCCCCACGGUCUGGAUCUCUGAAGCAUAUCUCCACAUCUUAGUUUCUCAAUCAUGUCAAACAUCAUGUACUUUCAUAACUAUAUUUGUUAAUAUAUAAGAACGCUUUGGUUUUGGAACAGACUUCCAGGACGGGUUAAGUUUGAAAACCAAGGUACCACUGUGCAAUGUAACUUAAAUAGAAAACUAUCUUUAGAAAGAUUUUUCCUCCAGAAGCGUUUUAUUUUAAAAAUCCGAUUUAAAUUUUAAAAAUCUGUUGUAUUUUUUAAACAAUCUUUGAUUUUCAUCCCUGUCAUAGAGUGAGAAUUGCUACAGUAGGCAGCUGGAAGCUGCUUCCAGAAUUUCACACUGCGUCAGUUUUUGGCUACACUUCCCAUUAUCCCUGGCACUGGUAGCUGGGGCUGAUGGCCGGCUGCUUAGAAAAGGCUACUAAUGCCCAGUGUCACUUCUGUAUCACAAGAGGGUCACUUGUUCCUGUCCUCCUUGAUUCCUCUCUCUUUGUUUGCAUUUUGAAGACUCGCGGCUGUGAAGCGAGAGCUGAAAGUGAAGGAGCUGCAGUUACUGGAAGCCGCAAGGAGGCGUUUCCUGAAGUACCAGCAAGAUCAGCGGGAAAUGGAGCUCAAACGGCUUGAUGACGAAAUUGCAAGAAAGGUAAAGCUCUGUCCAGCAGCAACACUGGGAAGGGCCAAAGGCUCCCCAUCUCAGCUUUACGCUUCUGCCUUUAAAUGCCUCUCCUGCGUCUUUCUCCUGCUUGGGUGUGGACCAAGCCGAAAGUGGAUUGCAGAAACCAGCAGGUGUCGCUACUUUGAGGGCUUUUGGAGCACUCUCUCAUUUCCCAGGGCCAACUAACAGCUUUCUUGAGUUGGGUGAGCUGGUCUCUCUAUGGCCAAGUAGCCAUCGUUUGAGUGUGUGGAUCCAGCCCCAAACAACUUCACUAUGGGGUUGGGUUCACCAAGACCUGAAAAGUUAGACCCUGCUGGUCUAGAUCCAAGUAGGAAAACUGUAAGGCAGCGGUUCUCAACCUGUGGGUCCCCAGUUGUUGUUGGACUACAACUCCCAUCAUCCCUGAGCUCUGGCCUUGCUAGCUAGGGGUGAUGGGAGUUGUAGUUCAACAACAUCUGGGGACCCACAGGGUGAGAAAGGCUGCUGUAAGGGGAGGCUGAGAGGUGGAAGAUGCCUUUUUACAAGAAGCUGUAUUGGUUAAUGAUACCGCUUCCCUCCACCCUGGUGUGUGGGUGGGUGUGUUGUUGUUAUUUAUUUAUAUAUACAGUUGUACCUUGGUACUCGACCAUUUUGGCUCCCAAAUGCCACAAAUGGUCUGGUUUGCAAACGUUUUUUGGAAGCCGAACAUCCGACGCGGCUUCCGAUUGAGUGCAGGAAGCUCCUGCAGCCAAUCGGAAGCCACGCCUUGGUUUUUGAACCGUUUAGUUCGAGAACCAAGGUACCACUGUAUACGGAGAUGCUGGCAACAAAAGGAGGACACCCGUGCUCUUCUGGGCUAACAAUCUCCUUCUGUCCUAGGCGUCUAUGAGAGAGCAAGAAACUGCUGCUACAGUUCAGGAUGCAGAAGUGCGGCAGAUGGAGCUCACAGCACAAAGGCGGCUUUUUGAGCAGGUUUGUGCGCUUCGCUUGCUGGGACCCUGCAGUCGUAUCUCAUCUGAAGGCAGCCCUGUUUAGGGAGGUUUUUAAUGUUUGAGGUUUUAUUGUGCUUUUAAUUCUGUUGGGAGCCACUCAGAGUGGAAGGGGAAACCCAGCCAGAUGGGCAGGGUAUAAGUAAAUUAUUAUUAUUAUAAAUUGUUGUUGUUGUUGUUUGGACUAUGCCUUGCCCUUGUUAUUUCACUGUGGUUCGGUAGACAUUUGAUGCAUCUCUACAAUUGGUUAGAGCUUUAUCCUCUUCACUGUCAAAGCUGAGAUUGGAUGCAGAUGGAAAUCUGAGUGGCUUGGAAAGUUUACUAUGUUGGAGAGGGACUGAAGAGGUUGGAUGGCCAUCUGUUAUGUAUGAUUUAGUUAAGAUUCCUGCAUUGCAGGGGGCCAGACACGAUGACCCUCAGGGAUUACUUCCAACUCUGUGAUUCUGUGCUGCCCGAUCUGAUUUUCAAAUUGGCAACAGGCUAGAAAUCCGGCUGCUCUAACCUGCAGAAUCACUCCGGCUCCUCUUGUUCGGCAUGGCAGUUCAGUCCUUUUUGUACCUUUUGAAGAUGCAUCCCUGUUAGUGCUUCUGAUACAAAACAAACUCCAGCUGAUAAAAAACACUCUUCCACACCAUCCUUGUUUCUGACCAAAGUUUCUACCUCGGCAGAAACUACUCAAAGAGCAGGAAAGUGUGGCUCAGGAAGUGAAAGGGGAGCUGGACGUGAGCCGGGCAAAAGCUGAUCACGAAGACCUUUUCCUUCAGAGGCUGAUUGAAAUUGAGCAGGACGGAGAAUCGAACGCAAAGCAAGUAAGAGCAGAAAUCGUGGUAGCUCCUGAUUUUUAACCUUGUGUUGAAACAUAAUUUCCCAUAAUUCAUAAUCAAUAUUGUGACCCACAUCUUGUGCCCACCUUGCCCCACACUAUCUCAGUGAAUGGUAGUGACGCUACUGUUGGGGAGUGUGACUCUGUGCCCCCAAACCAGGCCAGUCUCUCCUGGCUUCACAUGCCUCUUCAUCUCUAGAUGUCUUUUAAGCAAAGCAAGCUACUGUACUUUCAGGGUUACACAGAAAGUUCACAAAAGGUCUGUUCCACUUACCCAAAUACCGUAUACCCAUUUAUUAUUGAUUUGCGGAUAAUGGCGGGAGGGGGGAUUCCUUUUUGCAAAGCCUCCUUUUUUGAUCGCCUGCCGACAAUUGUCACCCUUCAUAGGCAAGCAAUGAGGCUCUUCUUACAAACCUGGUACAUUCCUCGAGGGAACGGACUCAAAGCCUGUCUCCCUGAUGCACAUGGUAUCUUUUCUUUUUUUCUUUUCUUUUCUUCUUUUUUUUUUGAGGUGGUUGAAGAAUGCUUGGCCAAAGCCGAUCAAGAGCACAUUAACACGGACUGGCGGACUCAGGUCCUGCGCAAGCAACGAAGCGGCGACCUGGAUCGUGACCUGCGAUAUCGAGAGCUGGCCAGGCACCUCCGUAACAACAGAAUGGCGGAGUCAGAGCUGUUUGGGGCAAUGAAAGAGGAGGAAGCCAGAAAAGUGAGUGCUGAGAGGUUGGCCAGAGUUGUUUGUGCCUCUGGUGGUGGACACGGUUGGGUCACAGGGCACGGGGAGGGACCACUUCUGUGACUGAUGAACCGCACAUUCAGUUCACCUCUUGCGUGGCUCUGGUUGGGCGACUUACAGUGUGUGGCUUCCUGUUUCUUCAAAAUGCAGCAGCCCGUUUGCUCCCUCGCUGCAGUCCCAACUGUUGCGUUCCAAAGGCAAGGAAGGAUUGGACCCUGAUUAAUAAAAUACACACGAGGCUUGGCCAGCAAGACUCUGGGAGGAAGUGCGUAUAAUAAUCUGUCACACCCUGGCCCAGGUCCCUUUUAUUAACAAAAGAACUUAUAACCCAGUGCUGCAAAAACCAAUCAGAUGUCCUCUGAGCAUUUCAAAAACAUCCCCAUGUGGGACAAAGUUAGAUCAGAGAAAUCCUUUUAACUACAAAGAAACUAUUUCCUACUUGAGCAUGCAUACAUAGUUCAGAGUAAAUAAAAUAGGAAUCAAGGAGGAAUGCUUUUAGCAAACCCCAGAGGUCAUAAAUAGCAGUAAACAGGAGAGGAAGGACAGGUAGUAUUUACCAUCUCCUUGUGAACUCUCUUCCUGAACUCUCUUCCUGGCCCUAAGAUUAACAAAACUAACGAAAGCUAUAUCAAAAGCUGCCUUCUAUAUUUAUGGCCCAGGAUGCCUGGUGAAGCAACUGGCCUGUGUAAUAUGCUAUACAUGACUGUCAGGCAGAGAGAAUGGACAGUAGAGAAAAUGGGCAGAGAUGCAGAGGCUCGUGGGAUUUGAUCAGAAAUUAUUGUCAAUGAAUCAAGCCCAGUCAAAGCAAUGCUUUCAUCGCUGACCCAAUGGCGUGCUCCAUUUUUCAUAAUUCCUCAUAGCAAUCCCACCUGACCCCCACACCAACUGGGAUCCCUGCACUUAUGCCUCUUUCCAUCGCCUUCGUAGAAAGCUCUGCAGGAAUUCGAGGCCGGGGUAGGAGACGCGGGUGGCACUGUGGGUUAAACCACAGAGCCUAGGACUUGCCGAUCAGAAGGUCGGCGGUUCAAAUCCCUGCAACGGGAUGAGCUCCCGUUGCUCGGUCCCUGCUCCUGCCAACCUAGCAGUUCAAAAGCACACCAGUACAAGUAGAGAAAUAGGUACCACUCCAGCGGGAAGGUAAAUGGUGUUUCUGUGCGCUGCUCUGGUUCGUCAUUCUGGCCACAUGACCCAUAAGCUGUCCGCCGGCUCCCUCGGCCAAUAAAGCGAGAUGAGCAUCGCAACCCCAGAGUCGGUCACGACUGGACCUAAUGGUCAGGGGUCCCUUUACCUUUACCUGAGUGCUGGUCCCUGAUGCUGCUGCCUCCUUCUUCAACUGCUCUCUCUCCCUUUUUCAAUACAGCAUCUUCUCUGUGCCUGUUUUCUUUCAGUGGGAGGAACUCCUGGAAAAGCAAGAGCAGCUAGCAGCAGAGCAGGCUGUGACUGCUGCUUUGGAUGCCAACAGGAAGCGCUUUCUAGAACGGGAAAUGAACGAUGCUGUAGAAUUGGCUGAGAAGCUCCAAGACGAAGACAGCUAUUUUGGUGAGUGCUUAAGCCUCCUGCAUGCAGUCCACGUGUUUUGUUCAUUUACUUCAGGCAUUUCUGUAAAACGCACACACCCCCUUAAUACUACCUCAAACAUCAAAGUUGAAGCACAUGGUAACAUUUGUGGUCCAUUUGAAAGCUAGUGUGCUUAUAUCAUGGAUACGAUAAGUGUGAGCAUCCUGUGGCCGUCCAAAUCUCCUUGGGCAACAGAUCGCAUAAUCCCUGACCAUUGGCAGUGCUGGCUGAGGCUGAUGGGAGCCGAUUUUUAACAUUUAUAUGCCACCUGUAUCUUCCAAGGAUCUCAAGGUGGCGUUUAUGGUUCCCCUCCUCCCCCUUUCAUCCUCGCAAAGAACCCUGCGAGGUAGGUCAGACUAAGAGAUGGUGACUGGCCCAAGGGACACCCAGUGAGCUUCAUAGCUGAGUGGGGAUUUGAACCCUGAACUCCCAGAUCGUAGUCCAGCUGUCUUAACUACAGUGGUACCUCGGUUUAAGAACAGUCCUGUUUACGAACGAUUCGGUUUAUGAACUCCGCAAAACCAGAAGCAGUGUCCCGGUUUGCAAACUUUACCUCGGUCUAAGAACGGAAUCCGAACAGUGGAAGGGCACCGGCGGUGGGAGGCCUCAUUAGGGAAAGUGUGCCUCGAUUUAAGAUUGGUUUCAGUUUAAGAACGGACUUCUGGAACGGAUUAAGUUCAUAAACCGAGGUACCACUGUAUUACACAUCAGGAUAGUCACAAGUUUUGACCUUGGUCCAGGCACUUGUGAUCCCCUCUGUCCUAAGUUACCUUGAGCCCAGAUUCAAACUUCCUAAAUGAUUCUGUCAGGGUUAGAAUGAAAAUAAAAUGGGAUAACCCCCAUUCACACCACCUUGAGCUCCUUGGAGAACGAAGGGGAUUUCAUAACAGUAGUACACUGGAAUCAUGCUGAUAAUAUGUUCAGUGUGUUCAGUUUAUCAAUCUCUCCAUCAUUACUUCAUUGUGUACAGACCAGGGGCUGGAUAAUCCUUGUGGACUGUCCUUCCCUGGAGGAUUUUAAGCAGAGGUUGGGUGGCCAUCUACCAUGGAUGCUUUAGUUGAGAUUCCUGCAUUGCAGAAGGUUGGACGAGAUGACACUUCGUGUCCCUUUCAGUUCGUAUGAUUUGAUGAUUCCUGGGUCAUGCUGCUUCACAGAUAACCUAGACUAGCUCUGUAUUUCUGUGAGCCUUGAGGCUAGACUGACAUGAUGGAGUUGCUCUUGAAGAUUGUUCUAAGGUCUUGGCUAGUGUAGGAAUGAACCAAGGCGGCAUAUGAAAGCCUGUAUUCAGUGUCCUGAUAGUGUUCAAAACACAAUUUCGGAUAACACAUGGGCAGGGUAUAAAAUUAUUAUUAUUAUUCAGAUAAUACGUUCCAUGAACAAAUGAAGUGCUUUUGUAUGACAGCUCCAAGAAUGGCAUCGUUUUCAUCAUGAUUCAGGGUAUAACGCUGAGGUGGCUUUGGUGUAAAAUUGAUAAAAUACAUUGGCUCAAAGUGUGCCUGUAACUUAGCAAGAACUUCCUGGGUCCCGCCUGUCCCCUUUCUGCAGAGAGACUGCGCGACUUGAGAGCCUCCCAGACCCGAAAGAGUUCAGAAUCCCUCAUGUCACCCAGCAAGACUCAAUCACAGCCUGGCAACGUCUGCUUAAACGAUUCGCCGGCAGGAGAAGCAUCAAAACACUGUAAGUGGCUAGGCAAAGUCUUUUGGGCUCCUUCCAAACAAACAAAUAGCUUGUUCUCCAUCCUAUGGAUGAGAUUAGCUGGGGACGAAAUGGUUUGUUCUGAUCUCUCCCCCAGCAAUAAAGAUGUGGCGAUCCAGCUUGAUUUGCAGGAGCUUGGCCAGUUUGUUUUAUGAACUUUGUGCACCUUCUGUGUCUCAGCACUCUUGAGGCCAAAGGCGGGAGACGGAUCCAAGCAGUUAGAACUUUUUCUGUCUAGUCCUGGAUUCUCUAUAGGAUAAUAAGAGGACACUCAGCACAACAUCUCUCGUCAGGUUUCAUUCGUAGCCUUUGGCAAGGGACUUUGUCAAAACAUUUUGAGAAUUCAGUUGUAUAAUGUUUUCCCCCUACUUACCUGCUUACUGGCAGAAUAAGUUUGUUAAGGGGUGGCUUAUUUUCAAGAAGCCAAGUGAUUUAAACUUUUAAAAUCAGGGCCGGAGGAACCCUUGGCUAACUAGCUGUUGCUGGUCUGAAACUCAUGCAUACAUAAUUUCAUUUGUAUCUUGCCUUUCUGCAAUUCAAACCAUGUUCAAGGAGGCUCACAUCAUGAAGAAAAGACCUAACUACAACAUAACAAAAGUAGUCGUAAACAAUGAAUGAAACAUGCAAAACCAAACUUAACAAUUUUCACAUAAAUCACAACGAAAUCUAAAAUAAAGAUACAGAAAAGCAACAGCAGCACACACCCACACACCCCGAGCAGCAAGUUGGGAUAGCUCAGUCGGUAGCAUGUAAGAUUCUGAAUCUCAGGGUUGUGGGUUCGAAUCCACUGUUGCAGGGAGAUGAACUAGAUGACUCUCAUGGUCCCUUCUAACUCUACAAUUAUACGAACCCCAGCCCCAACACCAUUGGCCAUAGUGGUUGGGGUAGGUGAGGACUACAGGUUCCCAUGCCUCUGUUAAAAUACAGUAGUACCUCAGGUUACAGACACUUCAGGUUACAGACGCUUCAGGUUACAGACUCUGCUAACCCAGAAAUAGUACCUUGGGUUAAGAACUUUGCUUCAGGAUGAGAACAGAAAUUGUGCAGUAGUGGUGUGGCAGCAGCAGGAGGCCCCAUUAGCUAAAGUGGUGCUUCAGGUUAAGAACAGACCUCCGGAACGAAUUAAGUUCUUAACCCGAAGUACCACUGUAUAAUCUUCUACCUCCACUGUUGGAGGCAUUAUGCCUCUGAAUACCAGUUACCAGGAAUCACCAGUGGGGAGAGAGCUGUGGGUACUCGGGUUCUGCUUGCAUCUGGCUGGCCACUGAGAGAGGUAGAAAGGUAAAGGACCCCUGGACGGUUAAGUCCAGUCAAAGGCGACUAUGGGGUUGCGGUCAUCUUGCUUGCAGGCCAAGGGAGCCGGCGUUUGUCCACAGACAGCUUUCCGGGUCACGUGGCCAGCAUGACUAGACUGCUUCUGGUGCAAUGAAAUACCAUGAUGGAAGCCAGAACGCACAGAAACGCCAUUUACCUUCCUGCCACAGCUGUACCUAUUUAUCUACUUGCACUGGUGUGCUUUCAAACUGCUAGGUUGGCAGGAGCUGGGACCGAGCAACGGGAGCACACUCCGUCGCGGGGAUUAGAACCACCAACCUUCUGAUCGGCAAGCCCAAGAGGCUCAGUGGUUUAGACCACAGCGCCACCCGCAUCCCGUCCACUGAGAGAACACAAUGCUGGACUAGGUGCCCAAUCCUGCACACUUGUCUUAUGUUCUUUUCACUUUCCAGAUAAAACAUGACUUUGUGCUGCUUUGAUCUCCAAAAAGUUACUGUUCCACACUCGUAAUCGGAGAAGGAAGGCUCUUAAUUCUCAUCUUUCCUUUUUUUGUUAGUUUCUUUAGACAGAGGACGGCAAGAGCUGGAAUCCAGAGAGCAGGAGUUGCUGGUGGAAGUUAGACAGCUCAGGCGAAAGGUCAUGUCACAGGCUCGUGGAAAGCAAGCCCCACCAACAGAUGCACAGUGGAGCAGCUGA